GAGCACAGGGCAGCUCUGACACAUCCCAGGUCCUGUGUGGACUGUGAGAGCCUCCUGCUGUGGGGGUUUUGCUGUGAUCUGAGCCCAGGGGCUGGGCUGUGCAUGUGUGGCUGUGCUCACUGCCCUGCCUGUGCGCGUGGAGAAGGGGAUUUGCUUUUCCUGGAAUGCCAGCAGCGUGUCUGCUGGAGAAACUCGGCGAUUAGAAGUUAAAAGGGCAGCGCUCGAUUACUUCACCAGGAGGAGCUCGAGCCAUAAGCUCAUUAAGGGGCUUGGCCUCUGCCUGCCCAAGGAGGGACACUUCAGUCCGUGGCUGCUUGCUUGGACAUCACCGUGCUCUGCUCCCAGAGCUGUGCCUUCCCGGGACAGAGGGAGCCCCUGGGACACCCCGGCCAUGCUGGGCACCCUGAUGACAGCGCUGUUCUUCGUGGUGAGGGUGGUCAGACAGGUGAGUCGGGGCUGCCCUGGCAGCAGCUGGGAUUUAAUGCUUCCGUUUUGUUUCUCCCCCGUCCAGGGCUGCUCUCCGUGGGGGCAGGGAGAGGAGGCAGUGGUCUCCACUUAUCGUGUUGGGAAUGGCCUUCUGUGCCUGCUUAAACCCUGGCUGGGAGGUCUGGGAGCCCCAUGGCCUCAGUGUUGCCCGUGGGUGGUGCCGGGAAGGGUUCUGAUCACUGGUGACGCACGUGGAGGAGCAGCAAUUUCGGUUGCUCUUCCCCUUUCUCUCCUUGUCCCCUUACCUGCUGCAAACCCUUCCUGUGUGCAGCUGGAGACCAACCUGUUCCGAGAGGAGCCCCUGCCUUACCUGGUGUACCAGCCCCUGCCCUGGCAGAUCCAGUGCGUGUCCCAGAGCCGCCGCACCAGCCGGGACAGCGAGAGAGGCAGGAACUCUCGGCACAACAGCAUCUACUCACUUUCUGGAGACAAAGGUGAUGUGACCCCUGAUGCCAGAAAGGAUAGCAAGUGCUUCAGUGACCCUGAGAGGGCAGCCAUCACCAUCCAGACCCACUUCAGGAGGUACCAGCAGCAGAAGCAGGAAAAGAAGUAGAUACAUCAGCCACCCGUGCCCUGCACCGUCCCUCCUGUUUGUCUGUUCUGUACCCCAGAGACAUUUGGGGCUGUGGUGACUGUGAAACCGCCCCCUGAACCUACACCUGCACCCCCUUGGUGUGGGUGUAGGUUCUCUGCCCUUGUGUUGGUCACUGCUCAGAGCGAGCUCUCCCUCCUGCUCAGUCCUUCCCCAGUCAGCAUUACCUCGUGGGCCAGGGUAGAACUGGGGAAGGGCUGUUGGGGACCUGGGAACAGGGGGUGAUGCUGCAAACCUGUCCUUGGCCAGCCCUUGGGUCACAGUGAGUGAGUCCCAGCAGCUGUGUGGGUGGGAGUGGGGCUCUGCACAGCUGAUGGUGGUUGUGCUGGCUGGUCACUGCCAAGCUGGGGCUUGUUUCACUCAGCACUGCCCCUUCCCUGCACCUCUUCCACUCUGCCUCUGGAGUUGGGUGGAACAACUGCCUUUUUCCUCUGCUCUGGGUGGCAGAGGUGCCAGCGCAGAGUCCUGGAGCCAGCCUGGAGUGGGAAUGUCACCGAGGGGACGUGCUGCAGGCAACUGAGGAGCUGAGCUGUGAGCUAUCUUACCUUUUCUUGUGGAGAACUGGUUGGGGUGCCAGAGCAGAAGUGGGGUGGGACUCUGUCUUCUGAGGCUGAAUGUGCUUUUCUUCCUUAGACAGUCCUCUGGUAACACUGGUGUUUGGGUUGGAGCCCACCCAGCCCCUUGGUCUGGUGUUUUGGUGCAGCAAAGCUGAACAGAGACCUGUUCCUGGUCAGGCAGGGACAGGACCCCCAGGAGAGUCUUGGGUCUG